GGGGGGGCGGGGCUUCCACGGCUGUUUCAGCAUGGCCGCCGGCGCUGCAGCUGCUUUAGCGUUCUUCAGUCAAGAGAGCCGAGCUCGAGCUGGGGGUAUGGGAGGCCUGAGAGUCCCGGCUCCAGUCACGAUGGACAGUUUCUUCUUCGGCUGUGAGCUCUCCGGCCACACCCGCUCCUUCACUUUCAAGGUUGAGGAAGAGGAUGAUACCGAACACGUGCUGGGAUUGAACAUGCUGUGCCUUACCGAGGGGGCCAAGGACGAGUGCAAUGUGGUGGAAGUUGUGGCCCGGGAUCACGACAACCAGGAGAUUGCUGUUCCUGUGGCCAAUCUCAGGUUAUCUUGCCAGCCCAUGCUCAGUCUGGAUGAUUUCCAGCUCCAGCCACCUGUAACCUUCCGCCUGAAGUCGGGUUCUGGGCCCGUGCGCAUCACUGGUCGGCAUCGGAUUGUGUGUAUAAACAAUGAUUUUUCUGAAGAAGAGGACAGUGAGGAGGAGGAAAUUAAGCUGUGUGGCAUCCUUCCUGCCAAAAAGCGCGGGGGCAGGUCCUAGCCCCCUUCUGGUUAGGGAGCUGCAGGCGUCAUGCACCAUAUGUUCCUGGACAAGUUUCAAGAAUUGUAAAUGUUUUUCUCUCGUUGAAGAGGAGAGUUUGGGAAGGGACGGGUGGGAGACUUGGACCGGUGCUAAGAGAGCGGGCAUUCUCCAUAGGGCCCUGUGUUUGCUCCUACAGGUUGCCUGAAGCUUCCCUUUGCUCUUGGGGUGGGAUACAUUUGAACAUCGCUCCUGACUUUCUCUCCCCUCCGCCUGCCCAGAUUGAAUGUUUUGUGAACCCCCUGGUUCAAUUCCCAGCACUGAAAAAAAAAAGUUUAGAACAUUUUAAGCAUUUUUUACAUUUUUAGAUAUAAAUAAAGUGGCGUUUGGUUUU